GUGCAGCGCAUGGGGCUGGGGGGGGCAUAGAAUGAACGUGGCGUGGUGCGUCGCUCAGACUCGUGGCGUGGGGCGCGAUAAGGCAGCGGGGCACGGGUUAUAGCAUGGCAUGGCCUGGCAAAGCAUAGCACAGAGGUGCAUGGACCCCAGGCUGCUAUGGACCCCAGCGCUGGCAGCUGGCACCGAGCUGCUGGCUCCAGUGGGCACUUCUUGGGAUCGUGUUCUUAAAGCACAUACUGGACAUAUGAGAGUUGUGCAUCCACUGUGAUCUUUCAUGCGGACACAUAUGCCCAAGGGAGCCUGUACUUGGAUGGCUACGCUUCAAACGUCAUUGCUUUUCUCUGUCUGCACGUGUACAGCAGACACGGUGCCUGCAGGCAGGGGCGUCCCUGAGAAACAGCAAGAAGCUGAAGUCGUGUCUAAACAAAGAAAGGACUUGUAGCUUUGGCAGAUUGAUCUGGACAUGCCGGGAAGAACACUGAGAAACAGGGCGACAGUAAUCGGCUCUGAAAAACACCGGGAAAACUGCAGGAGUCAUAAAAUAAUAAGGGCUGGGAAGGGAUCAGGCUGGAGCAAUCCCAUGUGCUGCCUGCAUGUGGCUUCCUACACAUCAGCUGUCUUUUUGCUGAAGACAUCCCACCAAAAUGAUGGGCAUGAAGAGGUUCUAUAGGAAACCUUCAUCCUGGGUGGUAUUCACCCAAUAGCCAGGAGGGAACUGACACAAUAAAGAGUCCAGCUGUCAUCUGAGGAGGGUCACUGUUGUUUCAAACCAUGGUGGUGUCAGAAAUUUAGGGAAGUCCCAGGUGGAAACAUGAGGAGCUGCUGGAGCUGCUGACAUCUGGCCCGAGCAGAUUGGCACAAUGUACCAUGAGUUACUGGAAACGUGUAUGAACAUAAUGUUGUGGGAAAGAGUUCCCGUGCAUUCUGUAUGAGGAAAUCAUGUCUUCCUCUGCCAGAGGUCUCUUGAAGAGUCAAGGAGUUUAUGCAGAGGAAAGAAGCUGCUGGUAGUGCUUUACAAAGGCGAUCAGAAAGAUCCCUGGGAAGAGGUCUGGAGAAACCCUCCUGAGGUUCUGUGAGAGACCAACAGAUCUUUUACAGCUAUGAACUGUUAGAGAAGCCCCGUGAAUGGGUGGUGGGUUAACAGGCAAUGAAUGGCUUUGCAGCUUGGGAAAAGUUGGUAGAAAACAGGAUCAAGAGAUAUCCCUUCUGAUAUUGUCACCAGGAAUGGGCUCAUCAUCCGUGCAAUGGAGUGCAAUUGAAGAUAUCCACCUCCUUAACACCCACAGAAUUAUUUUCCCGUAUAAGACAUCUCACCCCACCUCUAAGCUCACAGGCAGGUCAGGACAAGUGGUGUUGGAAGUCAUACUUGUGGGAUCGAGUGCACGGUGCAGAGUGUGAGUGACAAGCUGCUGGGCUGGGUGUCCUGGAGCGCCAGCAGUCCCGACUCAAGAGUGAGUUUUACAUCUCCCCGCUGAGUCCCAGAGCCUCUGCUGUCUUUGCCCACCACCUUGACCAGGAUGGGACUGUUGGAGGAGCUCUGGCACCACCAGUACUGGCUGCCACCCGGAGCCACUUGGGAAGACAUGAAGGAGUCUGCAGACACGCUCUAUCCAAAGCCUCAGGACCUGUGGCUCUGCAUCCCGGGUGCUCUGCUCCUGCUCGUUGUCCGAUGCGUCUUUGAAAGAACCAUAGCUCUGCCCCUGAGCAGGAGGCUGGGAGUGAGAGACAAGACGAGGCCCAAAGUUCAGCCCAAUGCCACACUGGAAGGCUUCUACAAGCUGCUGGGCAGGACCCCAAAGGAUGGUGACCUGGUUUCAGUGGCCAAGCAAAGCGGCCUGCCAGUCAAAACAGUGCAGACCUGGUUCCGGCACCGGCGGGCCCAGGACCAUCCCAAACUUACAAAGAGGUUCUGUGAGGCAAGCUGGAGAUUCAUAUUCUAUUUCACAUCAUUCUUCUCUGGGGUGGCUCUCAUAUACGAUAAGCCGUGGGUUUGGGAUCACACUGUGUGCUGGCUGCGAUAUCCACAACAGCCUCUUCUGCCCGCUCUGGGCUGGUUCUACCUGUUGGAGCUCUCCUUCUACUGGUCACUGGUCAUCACUCUGCCCUUUGAUGUGAAGAGGAAGGACUUUAAGGAACAGAUCAUCCACCACAUUGCCACCAUCACUCUGAUCUUUGUAUCCUACUGUGCCAACCUGAUACGGCUUGGGGUGAUGAUCAUGCUGGUCCACGAUUCCUCUGAUUACCUUCUAGAGUUGGCCAAGGUUCUCCAUUACAUGAAAUGGAAGCGGGUCUGCGAAGCCGUCUUCUUUGCUUUUGCUGUGGUGUUCAUCAGCUCCCGCCUUGUCGUUUUCCCACUAAUCACAUACUAUUACUAUGUGACAAAAUUUGAGAUGUUCUUCCUAAGCUGCCUGAUAAACGCUUUCCUGGUGGUCCUGCAGCUCUUGCACAUUUUCUGGUCCUACCUAAUCCUCCGGAUGACCUUCAGUGUCAUCCUCUAUGGUGCGAAAAAAAAAGAUGCAAGAAGUGACACUGAGGAAAGUGAUGGGAGCGAAGCAGAGGAUGCAGCUAAAAAUGAGUAGCACGAGUUUGUUAUCAAACAGCAAGUGACAGAGUAUUAGAAGUACAGAAGCUGAAAAGGACCUGGAGGAAGAGGCCAGACAGGUUCAUAGACCCCUCCACAGUGGUACACACAAAGCACCAUCUAACAUCUACAUUGGCUGCUUCAUAAGUAAUGCUUCCUAUUUACCUCCGUGGAAACUAUAACAGAUACAAGAGCACAGUGACACUAUUUGAUAGAGCAAACUGUCAGCUACAAAAUGCUAUUUCUCAACACAGCCACUGCCACUAGCUGUGCAUUUUCACCAGUGAUGAAUGAGAGCUGUGUGCUGCACUUAAGUCUGCACAAUUGGUGGUGCCCCACUGACCCACCCCACAUCCCUCACUGUGCUGCAUCCACUAGUUAGUCUCCAUAAAUGUUAAGUAAGCAUCAAUGAAUGUCAAUGAGUGCCAUUUUUUUGCAUGGAGGAAUUCAGUGAUGCCCCUUUGCUUCAUCCACACUCCCAUGUCAGGCCUCCCCUCUGCUGCCAUCUGUCACAUGACAACAUGUAAAGGGAUACUGUUGGAAAGGUUCAGCCUCUGCUGCCAUCCCACCAACAGCCACCUCUGACAUGGGCUGACAUCAUAAAGUAGGAGGCAUUACUUUUGGAGCAGACCUCUUAAAUUUCAUCGUAUAAUUUCCAGGCAAUAAGUAACUUUAAGAGAUGUUUUCUUCACAUCUUCUAUCAGGACCAUUGCUUUACUACUAUUCUAUGGUCACUUAUCUAGGAAUGAUCUAUCAGCCAAUGUCUUACCAGAAGUUGUUGAACAUUUAAACUGACUUUGUAAUUUUGGAAGACACCAAAGGCCAUUGCCACCUUAUGAGAACAAUUGCACAGGAACAGCUCCUGCUUUAACCUCCAAAUAGGUUUUCCAUUCUGUAGUCUGGAAUGGUCAGGCUCUGGGGCAAGGAAUGACUGUUUCCAUAGUCAAGGCCUGGCCAGCUGAUGUUCGCUGCGGGAAUGGUGUGAAACAGAUCGUGUCUAUAGGGUUGUGCUUAACUGAACACGUACCUUGGGAUAGUGCUCCUGAAGCGGAAAGCAUCUGGAACUCUUCUAAAUGCAUGUUUUUCUGCCAGAGAUUAUAAGUUAGUCUGAAUGGAAACAGUCCAUAGGAGUGUAUUAAUCCUGUUGGAAUAUUAUACAGGUUUUCUCUGUUUUGAAUAACCAUUCACUUUGUAAUGAAUUUAUGAAAGAACAUAAGAUUUAAAGUCUAUAUAGGAAUGAACUGCACCUGAACCAAAGGUUUACCUCGAUUUCUCAUGAUGCAUUUUUUUUUUUUUUUUUUGAGUCUCAGUGAUCUCAGUUCAUAUAUCAGGCAGAAAGCAGACGUACUGCUGAAGAUUCCCUUGACAGACAUUUAUUACUUUACUCCUACAAUUUUUAAUGUUAUAUUUGAGGCAAUGACUUUCCUGUCCCUCCCAACCAUACAAGGAGAAACAGAGGAGUCAGAGCACAGAGCAGCCCCUCAUAUAACACCAACCCUAAGGAGUUUGUGUACUCUUAACACUGACCUCUAUUUCUAACCCACAUGUAAUUGCAAAGCUUGCACUUUUUCUUAAAGAUCAGUCACCAGGUAGAAAAAAGAAACACAGCUAGGAAGGAAAGAGAUCCAUUUUCAAAAUUUAACAUAUUUCACAAACCAAAUUUGAUACAAUCUGGUUCCUGCUGGCUGUAAAGCACACGACUUUUCCUUCGUGGUUAUCCCAGAUCUGACAUCACUUAGCUGAUGUAUCAAACCUUCGCACAGAGACGCAACCAUGAAUAGGAAGGGGACAUGGGAGUUUGUUGUCUAUGACCUGGCAUAUAUCAACAUAGGGAUCAAAGAGGACAACAGUGGGGAGGGCACUGUUACCCUUUCUCUGCCCAAGCAAAUAAAUUUGUCCAUUCACAGUGCAGCAUCCCAUGAAGAAUUUCUGGGUCAAGCAUUCUUCAUCCACAUGGGUCCACUCAUCUGUCUCCACAUCAAAUCGGAAAGCUUCCCCUCCUAUGGUGUACAAAGCACCAUUCAGUGAUGUGAUGCAGAGAUCGUACCUGAGAGAGGAGAAAUCCUUGAUGAGAGUAUCCACAAGGAGCCCAGCCUGCUAGCAAGGCUUGGAGCUCUGAGAAGACAAUGUGUCUAUAUGGAAUUAUUUCCUUCCAGUUACAACAGUGUUCAUCCAGAAUGGCUACAAAUAAAGUAAAUCUCACAGAGUUGUAGAGAAUUUCCCCUUGUAACACAGAACACAGAAAAGGACUUUUUUGUUUAUGCUUCUCCAAACAUGACAGUGGAGACAAUUCUCCCAAGAGGAUCUACAGCCCAUGGAGAAACCUACAUUAGAGCUGUGUUAUCCUAUAGAACCGCAGUCUAUGGGAAGCACCUAUACUGGAGCAAGUAAAAAAGUGUGAGAAAGAAGGAGGAUCAAAGAGGAAUUGCUGACUGACCAUAAUGUCCUCCAUCUUCCCCAUCCCUGUUCAGGAAGGAAAAUGAGCUAACAGCUGGGUGGGAGUUUGCCCCUUUGCCAACGUUAACCCCUUCAGCAGAGCCUUUCUCUUCUUCUCAGGUCAAACAGGAUUACUUCUUACCUUGGAAGUGGAGAAAAUGAGAUGACAUCCCAGCUGUCCGUCUCUGUGUUCAACCUUUGCACUCCAUCAUAGACAUGUCCAUUUUCAUCCAGGCCACAGACCACAUAGAUCCUGGUUCCCACACUGACUGCACCUCCCCGCUCCACAGGCUGAAUCAUAGGAUUCAUGCUUUCCCACUCGGAGUCCACCAGUGCCAUGCGCUCCACUUCUGCAAUGAUCCCUUCAUCUGUGCUCCCUCCGAGCACAUACAGGUAGAACCCUACUCCUACUGCACAGUGGCUGUUGCGAGACUUCUUCAUGGCUGGGCCUUCCAGCCAGCUGUUGCUCAGACAGUCGUAGAUCAGCACCCAAUCCACACUGUACCACACAAACUCAUCUCGGAAAUAUCCUCCUGUCACAACAAGGAAGCUUCCUGGAGAGACAGCAAAGAAAAUAACAAUUACACACAGGCUGAAAGUCAUUCUUUUCUGAGCCUCAGUGCUCAGUCCCAGUUGCUACCACCACUUGAGUUACAGCUCUGUGAGUUACCUACUGCUGCCACUGCGUAUUGGGUGAGGUUUCUGCGCUGCAAUGGAGGGCAAGCCUGCCAGGUCCCCGUUUUAGGUUGAAACAGAAAUAAUUCUUGCUGUUCCUUGUCACGCUUUCCUCCCAGGACAUACAAGGUGUCAUAGCUCCGACUGGUGAAAGGACACAGCGUCACGUUUUGCCAGCUGGGUGGAGGACAGCUGUCCAACCUCCUGAUCAGUCUGGAGAAGGCAUCUGCCUGCCCGGGGCGCUUGCUGCGCUUCACCAAGAUAUCGAGGAAGGACAGACUCAGAAAUGCGACCCUGACUUCAGCCACCAAAUCCAAAAAGUCAUUCUCUCUUGUUUCUGGGUCCUCCAUUAUCCACAUCAUGAUGCUGUCAAAAACCACAUCUUCUCGAGGAACAAAGAGCUCAUCGCUUUUGAGGAACUGCAUCAGCGUUUCUUUGGGUAGUGCCUUAAAUUCCUCCUGAGACAUCACGUCCCCCCAGUGGGUGAGAGCCACGUUCAUGGCAGAUGCAUGCAGCUCUAUAAAGGCAAAACGCUGUGAGUAGGCCAUCAGGCCCAGGCAGUUGGAAACAUGCAGCUCUCUCUCCAGAAAUUUCUCACACAACAGUUUCACCCUAUCGAACUGAAAAAAAUCAGCUGCCUCCAGCAAGCUGGUCACAUUUUCUUGACCUAUGAGCACUUGGGCUGUGCGAGUGAACUCAAGAAGGGCCUGGAAAGGUGCUGCAUCAAUCCCUCUGAUCACUAUGUGGUGUUCAGAGCUCUCCCUCGUGCCCCCAAAAAACAUCACUUUGAAGUAACGGCUGUGUAAUGAAAGUGCCCUACGGCUGACCUGGAAAAGUCUCUCCCCGACCUCAAGAACUGUAUCUGCAACCACUUCUGUCUGAGAAUCCAGCUCUUCUGGUUCCUGUGCAGACCCCAUGGCUGUUGAUGGCCGGGCAGUUAAUUUUAACUCAGUCCUCAUUCAGCCUCUGCUCAUGUGAGGGCGCUGGAAAUACUAUCUGCCUAGCCAGGAUAAAUACAAGAUAAGCCAAACUUGUCCUAAAAAUAGAAUGUGCUUUCUGUGCUCCUGCUUUGGUCUUCUGCCUUUCCUGCUGCUUUUCAGCAGAGGCAGAACUGCACAACCCAAAAUUGGCAGAUUUAAUUGGAAUCCACCCUAGGUAGGUAAUGUCAAAGCAAAUUUGGGGAGCUGUUCUCCAGUAAGAAGGGAGAUGAACAACCAAAACAGUCCUGAGCACUGACAUCAUCUCAGGAAAUCAUAGAUUAAUAUUGAACUCAUUGACAAAAACAUUCAUUAUCUUUCUUUCUGCAAACCAAACACUUAGGAAAGGUUGAGACUUUCCAGGAAAACAUUCCUGAGGUUACAUCCUUCGCCAGUCUAACAUCAAAUUCCAGGCUGCUUUAACCUUAAGACAGGGGGAAGGAAAGAGAACUUUUAUCAGACUAACAAUCAGACAUUUAAGAACACGUUGAUUUGAAUUUAUUUGUUCACAGCUCCUCAAAUCUUGCUACUUGUGAAGAAAUAAAAAAAAUGUUUACUCACAGAUCGAAUUAUAACAAGUGCAACCACAAGUAGACAGCUACAGUAUAAAAAAUAUGCAGUAUUUCCAGACACUGCUUCAAUUGAACAUUAGGAUCUUAAUAGUUCUUCUCCUACAAUUCCCACUAACACACUUCCAUAAGGUCUGUAUCACCCAGCUGAGACAAUAAUCUGACAAGGGAUUCCAGUCUUCAUGUAGAAACUGGGAGCCUUUCAAUUCACAAUGAUAGUCCAAAAGAUUUGUAACAAGUGCUAAAAAAAAUACCUUCUUAGCUAUGCAGCUUGUCAAGGUGAUACCAUAUGAUCAAAGUAAUUUUUUUUUUCAUGUACUGGAGCAGGGAGGCAAGAGAGAUUAACUCACCAGCAGGAAGCCUAAAACACAAUAUAAAAUGCUUCCCAGCUGUAUACAGACAUUUAAGAGGAAGAAAAAAUGAGCUCUAAGGUGUUCAGAUUAAUUCAAAUACAUUUUAAUAUGUUUUAAAACGUAGAUCAAAUGACCAGCGUUCAGAGAAAUAAUUACUAAUUUUAAGUGGUGGUUCCAAGACUCACAAUACCAGGAGGGUUUCUGACAAUUCAUAGGCAGAAUAUUCUCUCCUCUCAGCUCUAACAAUGUAGAGCGUCACAUUUAUUCAAGGGGAAAAAAUAAAAAUAAAAAAGUAAU